AAAAAAACAACUCGAAUGAUAAGAGAGACGCGUCGCCAUGGCAACACAAUCCUCGGCCGCGUCUUUGUUUAUAAAAGGAAGCGAUUGACAGACGCAUCGACGUCCCUUCAGUCGACGCAGGGCAGUUAUCGCAGAGGUAGUGCUCGUUGCUGCGAGGAAAGAAAGCUCAGGAUGAGAUCCUUUACAUCAUGGGUCAUUCUGCCCAUUUUAUGUGGGUUAUUAUUAACGUCAGCGGAAAAUAGAAUUGAUGACUAUCAGCCACAGCAUGUACACAUAGUUAUUGGAGAGACUUCCAAGGACAUGGUUAUUACUUGGACCACCUUCACUGACACUCCCUCAAGUGUCGUUGAAUUUGGGAGUGCUGGGCUGACUGAAACGGCCACAGGAAGCAGUACCCAGUUCACAGAUGGGGGCAGUGAACACAGGAACUUGUGGAUGCAUAGGGUCAUACUGAAGGAUCUGCAUCCAGACACUAUAUAUUUCUACCACUGUGGGAGUCAGCUUGGUUGGUCAGAACUGUUUGUUUUCAAGACCUGGAAGAAUGGGACUGACUGGCCUGUGUCCGUGGCUAUGUAUGGGGACAUGGGAGCAGUCAAUGCUCAGUCUCUGCCAAGGUUACAGGAAGAGGUGCAGAGAGGAAUGUAUGAUGCUGUGAUUCACGUGGGAGACUUUGCAUACAACAUGGACUCGGACAAUGCUCGUGUCGGAGACGAAUUCAUGCGACAGAUUCAACCCAUUGCUGCAUAUGUGCCUUAUCUAACUUGCCCUGGUAACCACGAACAGAUGUACAACUUCAGUAACUACAGAGCAAGAUUCAGCAUGCCCAACCAUGAGGACACGGAAAGCCUUUUCUUCAGUUGGAACAUGGGCCCAGUUCAUUUUAUUGCUGUCAACACUGAGGCAUAUUAUUUCCUGGAGUAUGGCCUCAAACCUCUCUCUCGUCAGUAUGAUUGGCUCAUCAAAGACUUGGAGGAAGCAACAAAGCCUGAAGUUCGUGCUGAACGGCCCUGGAUCAUCUUGUUCGGCCACCGCCCCAUGUAUUGUUCCAACAAUGACCACGACGACUGCACCAGGGUCCAAUGUCUCACCAGAGUUGGUCUACCACUUGUCCAUUUGUAUGCCAUGGAAGAACUCCUGCAGAAGUAUGGGGUAGAUCUUGCUGUCUGGGCUCAUGAACACUCCUACGAGAGGCUGUGGCCAAUGUACAAUUAUACAGUGUUAAAUGGGUCGACAGAAGCCCCAUACACCAACCCAAGGGCUCCAGUUCACAUCACUACAGGGUCGGCAGGCUGUGAUGAGAACCAUGACCACUUCAUGCCUGCCCAGCCAGACUGGUCUGCCUUCAGAGCCAUCGAUUAUGGAUACACACGGGUCAAGAUCUUCAACAAAACACACAUGUACUGGGAACAAGUAUCUGAUGAUCAGAAUGGAAAGGUGAUUGACAAUGUGUGGCUCAUAAGAGACAAUCACGUGUCCUAUGCUGAACUCUAGGACAGGCAGACAUUCCCUUGAAGAUGAUACAAUAGGAAAUACAUUAGUUGGAUUCUUAACUUGCAUCCAAGACACUGGGAUAAUUUUCAAGUAGCUAAAGAUUGAUUCUGAGUAAAAUCCUUAGAAUAAUAUUUACACGCACACGCACACGCACACGCACACGCACACGCACACGCACACUCACACGCACACUCACACUCACACUCACACUCACACUCACACUCACACUCACACUCACACUCACACACACACACACACACACACACACACACACACACACACACACACACACACACACACACACACACACACACACACACACCCCAGUGUGAAGAUUUGGAGAAGUUCAAGCUAAAAGUUAUGGAUAUUUUGCUAGUAUUUAAUGGGAAAUGAAUGUACUGGAUUAGCAUACAUAACUGAUGUGAAAUGAGUGAGAGCAUUUCUUGGAUAAUUUUUUGCACACUGUAUAUUACUCUAUCUAGUAAUAGUUAUGGUUGUCAUUGAUGUAAGUCUCAUUAUAAGCAAUGAUUUAUGAUAAGGAAAAUGGUGCUAUUCUAAGAGUCUUUAUGCAAGCAAGAAGAUCCACUUUUCAAUGCAUGCUACAUAAUCAUACAUAUAUGUCCUCAAAGGUAUUUUAUGUCCUUUUUUUGAUCACAAAUUGCUCUAAGAGGAAUAAUUUGCAAAUAUUGUUAGUACAAAGAACAGGUGAAAUUUUUCUGUGUGUCUUUGUCUGUCUGUCUGUCUCUCUUUCCCUCACCCUCCCUCUCUCACUCUCAGUCUCCCCAUCUUUCCCCCUCCCCAUCACUCCCUCUCCCUCUGCAUCUGUGUCUGCCCCUCUCCCUCUCCUUCUAUUUUUCCUUCCUCACUUACAAAGAAAAUACAACAAUGUAAAGAUGUUUUUAGACUUUCUGUGAAUUACUAGGCUAAGAUCAACAAAAAUAGGUUAUUUUUGGUGCAAGAUAUACUGUAAUAGCAUGGUUGUGCAAUAAGAAGUAAGGAUUCUUAACCCAUUGCCGCUGGGGAAAAUGAACAAAAAAUGGGGGAAAUGCAGUACUCAUUUUUUACAUUUUUGUGAAAGACAGGCAGUAAUCGUAAUUGGCUCAUUGGAUACUUAGUACAAGUGUAGCCAUCUAUGUGUAAAAACAAUCAAACAAGUCGAUUCACAGUGGGAAUGGCAUGUGCGUACAUGCCAUCCCCGGCGGCAAUGGGUUAACUUGCAUCCAAGACACUGGGAUGAUUUUCAAGUAGCUAAAGAUUGAUUCUGAGGAAAAUCCGUAGAAUAAUAUUUAUACACACACACACACACACACACUCUCUCUCUCUCUCUCUCUCUCUCUCUCUCUCUCUCUCUCUCUCUCUCUCUCUCUGUCUCUCUGUCUCUCUCUGUCUCUCUGUGUCUCUCUCUCUCUCUCUCUCUCUGUAUAUGUAUUACUGGUUUACUGUAUUAACUGACAAUUUCUGUAGUCUGUCUUUGAGGUUACAAUUUACUAUUGACUCUUUAGAGAGAAUAUCUGUAUUAAAUGUUUUUAAUGCUCUUUACCCUGAUAAUUCCUUUAUAAUCUCUCUAUAUCAUGUUUUCAUGUAGCAUGUUAUGGAACAUCUUUGAUAGUGUACCUUUUAUGUACACAAUGAAUUCUAAUAUUAAUUGGAGGUAGUGUGAAAUGAUAAAACAUUAAAUAUGUAUUACCCAUGUUAUGGUUAGUGUGGCAUAGAUUUUAAUAAAUACAUAUAUUUGGGAUAUUGAUAUA